AUGGCUGAAUAUAAGCUGUCGUAUGAAUCUCAACUGGACGUCUACCACCCCUCAUAUCGCUACGAAGCCCAUGACCCGCGCGACUGGAAGUCAGCAGCCCUCCGUGGCCCAGCCCUCCCCGCUCUGGGAAAUGCAACUGCCGGUGCUGUUGGUGCAGCUAUAUCGAAUGUCGUUGUCUAUCCUCUCAAUGUUAUAGUAGCACGUCUACAGACCCAGAAACAAAAGGACAGCGACUCGAAUGAGAAGUCGGAUAUCGACGAAGACGAUGAGGGGUAUACCAGCGUGAUUGAUGCUGCUCGCAAGAUAAUUGCACAACAAGGAAUUGCGGGCUUGUAUCCUGGUCUGGCGCAGGACACUUGGAAGACAAUUGCAGACUCCUUCCUUUUCUUUCUUGCAUACAGCGCUAUUCGUCAAAAGAGGAUAGUCGCACGAGUUGGCGCGGAACGAGCGGCCAGGAGCAAAAACGUUGUUCUUCCGGUAUUUGAUGAGCUAGCUGUUGGUAUACUCGCGGGUUCGUUGGCAAAGCUGUUUACCACACCCCUGUCGAACAUUGUGGCGCGCAAGCAGACCUCUGCAGCACGAAAAGAUGGAAAUGCAAAGAAUCUAUCAACGAGCGACAUCGCGGCUCGCAUUCGAGCUGAGAAAGGUCUCUUGGGUUUUUGGUCGGGAUACUCAGCAACUUUGAUUCUCACCCUCAACCCAUCACUCACAUUCUUUCUUAACGAGUUUCUCAAGCGCACUCUCCUUCCACAGUCAAAACGCGACAAACCUCCGGCAGCCCUAACAUUUCUCCUUGCAGCCCUGAGCAAAGUCGCUGCCUCAUCGAUUACAUACCCCUUCUCCCUUGCCAAGACCAGAGCGCAAGUAAUGAGCAACUCCAAGUCUAAGUCUACAGAACCUACAACAACGCCGACUUCACUCAUAUCCUCACUCACGCCUGAAAUUAUCUCCACGGUAAUCACAAUGGCUCGCACGGAUGGGGUCACGGGGCUUUAUGCAGGGCUACAAGGUGAAGUCCUGAAGGGCUUCUUCUCGCACGGCUUUACUAUGCUCGCCAAAGACGCUGUCUAUUCCUCCAUAAUUAAGAGCUACUAUCUUCUUCUGAUGCUUGCACGCCGCUAUCCCUCCCCAGAAGAACUAAUGGAGCGUGCUCGCGAACAGGCUGAGGAGUAUACAGAGGUGGCGCGUGAAGGAGCACGCGACUUAGCAGAGAGAGCCAAAGAGGGUGCUGAGGAAUUGCUGAACGCUAAUUCCGGCAAUGUCACUGUUGACAUGACCUCGAACUCUGCUGUUGCCGCUGGUGCGGCUGAUGCAGCUGGAAAUGCAGACCAUGGUAUUGAUGCUUCCUCUGGACUAAAGGUUCCCAUGGCCUCGGUUCCAGACGAUGUCAACGAAACAGCUGAGCUGGUUGGAGACUACGUCGAAGAAGAGGCAGCCGAAUGGAAAAGCUUUUAUCAUUGGUUCUGGGAAAAGGAUCGGGGUCCGCAUCGGGAGUGA